UUACAAUCUCCUUGUUUCCAAGCUCCUCACAGGCAGAGCGCUGUACCUCCCCAAACUCUCGCAGGAGCUAGACGCACCAGAGGAGCGCGGCGGGGCUGCAGCCAGAGGAGAGUGCCUGUGGACUUUACCCAAACCAGAAACUCAACACGCUUUACGUGCGUCGAUCGGCAGCACCCAGCUUCUUUCUACAUUUGUUUCUUAUUGUUCAGAUUUUUUUUUUCAUGAAGUGAGCCUCUUGGUUCGCUUGUUUGAUCCGCACUGAGUUGCAUUCCUUUUACUGUUGCAAAGAGAAAUAAUGAGGUCUUCUUCUGAAUCGUUCUGGAGGAUGAUCCGGCUGGCUGUGACAGUGGCGCUCGUGUCAGCGUGCGGGGCGUCUGAGUACGAGUACGUGAGCUGGAAGUCGGACUCAUACAACGGCGGGCGCAGCUACGGCAAACCCCCGCAGUGCGUGGACAUCCCGGACGACCUGCGGCUCUGUCACAACGUGGGCUACAACCAGAUGCUGCUGCCCAACCUGCUGGAGCACGAGACCAUGGCCGAAGUGAAACAGCAGGCCAGCAGCUGGGUGCCCCUCGUGCACAAAAACUGCCACCCGGGCACGCAGGUCUUCCUCUGCUCGCUCUUUGCGCCCGUGUGUCUUGAUCAUCUCAUCUACCCGUGUCGCUGGCUGUGCGAGGCCGUGCGGGACAGCUGCACCCCCAUCAUGGAGGCGUUCGGGUUCCCCUGGCCGGAGAUGCUCACCUGUGACAAGUUUCCCCAGGACGACGUGUGCAUUGCCAUGACGCAGCCCAACACGACCGAAGUCCCCAAACCCACAGGUUACUCUCCCAUCUGCCCUCCAUGUGACAAUGAAAUGAAAACAGACACCAUUCUGGAGCACAUGUGCGCCAGCGAAUUUGCUUUCAAGACCAAGAUCAAGGAGGUGAAGCGAGAAAACAUGGACCGCAAGGUGAUCUUGCAGAAGAGGAAGAAGAUGUUGAAACAGGGUAAUCUGAAAAAGAAGGACUUGAAGAAGCUGGUGUUGUACUUGAAGAAUGGUGCGGAUUGCCCCUGCCAGCAGCUGGAUAACCUGGGCAACCAGUAUCUAAUCAUGGGCCGCAAGGUGGAUAAGCAGUACCUCCUCACAGGCAUCCACAAGUGGGACAAGUCCAGCAAAGAGUUCAAAAAGGCCAUCAAGAAACUCAAGACCCACACCUGUCCCACCUUCGAGAAUGUCUUCAAAUAAUAUGACCCUGCCCUCAUCCUUGGUCGCAUCUCAUCCUACAAAUGAACUUGCAUUAAGCAUUAAAAACCCAAACUUUGCUUUCUAUUGUCCUGUUUAUAUAUCUAUAUAUCUUUGUAUAUUUACAGAUAUACUUUGAAAUGUCAAUUAUCAAGUUUUAGUCAAAUGUGGUGAGUGAUCUGCAAAUAAUUUAAGGGUAGUGUACGGCCCUUCACUGAAAUUAUUUCCACUAUAUGUAUGUAGAUAUUUUAUUACACUCUUUCAUCCUACAGCUCAGUGGAUUUUACUAAAAGAAGUUGUUGGACAUUUUUGAAAAUACACUUAUUUGCUUUCUUGCCAAGAGUUUCAUGAGAAGACUGAUAACACUCUUGUGUCUGUACGGUAAAUACAGUUAGCAGAUGAUUAGCUACAGUUAGCAGAUGAUUAGCCUGUGUUUGCAUAAAGACAGAAGGGAGGGGAACAGCUCGUGUAGCUCUGUCCAAAAGGGAAAAAAAACACAAAUGAUCGUUUCACAUUUUGUUUUUUGUACAUAUUAAAACGAAAGACAUAUAACUGUUAUAGUGAGAUUUAUAUGUGGUGGUAGACUGAUUUUUUGGGACAGAGCUGGGCUAUCCGUUUAUUUCCACUUUCAGUCUUGCUAACAGAGGCUAACCCUCUGCUGGCACCAGCUUCAAAUUUAGCAUAGAGGAAUUAGACUAAUAUUUCUCUUCUCAUCUAACUCUUGGCAGGAAAAAAAUGUCCAACUAUUCCUUUAAAUCUCUCAUUUGCUCAUAUAAUAAAUCAGAAAAUAACUAAUUAGACAGAAUCUGUUUUUUUUUACUUUGAGCUUUAAAAGCCACACUGUACAGGGCAGUUCCAGAUAGGGUUCCCAGGAGUUAUCGACAGAAGAGAGUAUGCUACCAACAAUUUAGAUCAUUUUCUUUUCAUUUCUUAAUUUCAUUGUUAAACAUCUUUUUUCUGCCUGAAAAAUCUUAAGAGAAUCGUAACCACCCAUCUGCAUCAUGGGAUAAUGGUACUUGUGUGGCAGUUUUCUUGAUUUCCUGCCGUGGGUUGUCAUUGACAUUUAACUAAAUAUUUUUACCACUUUGCUGUCACUGUACAUCCAGUCUAGCUACAGUAAUCAGUAUUCAUCGGUAAUGGAAAUGCCUUAUGUAGUCAUAUGUGUUUAACAGUGCAAAAGUUAUCAAAGUGCAAAUGUUGCCAACUCCAUGUUCUGAUUUGUUUUGCUGGUCCGUUUUAGCACUAUUUUGUUUGCGGAUUUGAAUGUGAGCUGUGCAUUUCUGCCUAUUACAUGUACAUACAAAUUUUACAUAAAUAUGGAAAAAACUA